GAGAGGGGGAAGCAAAGCAAGAAGCUUUUUUUUUUACUUCCUAAGUUUGCAAGCCACCGGAAAAAGUCCGGGGCUUGGUGGUGGUAAGUUUCUUUAAAGCGCCGGAGCGGGGAGGUCUCCUGCGGCUCCGGAGAUGCAGCAGCGGCGCAAGUCGGUGUUCGCCUCGGCGCCGUUCGCGAUGAAGCAAGCGGCGCUGGGGGCAGGCGUGGCGGCGCGCAAGAACGGCGCGCCGCUGUCGCUGGCGGCGGUGGUGUUCGCGCUCUUCGUGUUCGCGACGUUCCUCUACAACGAGGACAUCAAGUCCAUCGCCGACUUCCCCUUCGGCGCCGGCGCGCUCCGCGCCAAGUCGCCCGACCUCCACGUCCUCCAGGAGUCUGUGGGCGCCGGGCACCUCGCCGUUAGCAGCCCCGCCAAGCGCGGCGAGGAGGUCAUCGUCCGGGUCCUCGAUGCGCCUGGCUCCAUGGCGCUGGCGGCCAACGCCGGUAGCAGCAGUAACAGCACGAUGGAGGUGGCCAAGACCAAUGCCAACGCCAACGCGGACGCCGGUGGCAAGGUGGACGAGGGGCAGGAGAAGGACAGGGACGUGACGCUCCCGAGCGUCAAGGAAGGCGGCGCCGAUGAGGCGAGGCGGCGAGAAGACGAGGAGGCCGCGGAGAAGGAGGCCUCCGCGAAGGCCGCCGCUGCGACGGCGGCGCUGAGGACGGUGGUAAACGUGCCGGACACCUGCGACCUGUACCACGGCAACUGGGUGUACGACGAGGUGAACGCACCGGUGUACAAGGAGGCGCAGUGCGAGUUCCUGACGGAGCAGGUCACCUGCAUGCGCAACGGCCGCCGCGACGACUCCUACCAGAAGUGGCGAUGGCAGCCGACCGACUGCGACAUGCCCCGGUUCGACGCGCGGCUGCUGCUGGAGCGUCUGCGCAACAAGCGGCUGAUGUUCGUGGGGGAUUCGCUGAACCGCAACCAGUGGGAGUCGAUGGUGUGCCUGGUCCAGUCCGUCAUCCCCAAGGGCCAGAAGACGCUCACCAAGUUCGUCAACGGCGGCAACAGCAACAUCUUCUACGCACACGAGUACAACGCGACGGUGGAGUUCUACUGGGCGCCGUUCCUGGUGGAGUCGAACUCGGACAACCCGCAGGUGCACAGCGUCCCGGACCGCGUCAUCCAGUGGCACUCCAUCGCCAAGCACGCGCACAACUGGCUCGGCGUCGACUACCUCAUCUUCAACACCUACAUCUGGUGGCUCAACACCCUCGACAUGAAAGUCCUGAAGGGGUCGUUCGACCAGGGGGCGACGGAGUACGUGGAGGUGGACCGGCCCGUGGCGUACAAGGAGGUGCUCAAGACGUGGGCGAAGUGGAUCGACCGCAACAUUGACCCCAACCGGACGACCGUCUUCUUCAUGAGCAUGUCUCCCAACCACAUCACGCCGGAGGCGUGGGGCAACUACGGCGGGAUCAAGUGCGCGAUGGAGACGCUGCCGAUCACGAACCGGACGACGUCGCUGGACGUGGGCACGGACUGGCGGCUGUACGCCGGCGCGCAGGAGGUGCUCCAGACGCUCCGCCGCGUCCCCGUGCACCUCGUCGACAUCACGGCGCUGUCGGAGCUCCGCAAGGACGCGCACACGUCGGUGCACACCCUGCGCCAGGGGAAGCUGCUCACGCCGGAGCAGCAGGCCGACCCCAAGAAGUACGCCGACUGCAUCCACUGGUGCCUCCCCGGACUCCCCGACACCUGGAACCAGUUCCUCUACGCCCGCAUCGCCUCCGCCCCGUGGUCCGAUCAGUAGCAGCAGUAGCGGCGAACGGGGCUGCAAUAAGGCUAGCUCCAAGUGUUCUUCAGUCUCCAGGGAAAAAAAAGAGCAAACAGCACAGUUGACACGCCAUGGAUGCCCGCCGGCCUGCCACCUCUCUCUCUCUCUCUCUUCCUUCUUUUUCUUACUUUUUUUUCGGUUACCUUUUCUUUUUCACCAUUUUUUUUCUUUCUCUGGGUUGCGUAAAGCUGUCUUGUGUUGUUUUAACCUGUGAUUCUUUUGUUAAAAGAAAUGGAGGGUUCAGGAUGGUGAAGAAUCUGUGGGUGGGGGGCGCUGUGUUGACUAGCUCAUUCCUUCUCGUGCUGAGGACGAAUGGAUAGGAGAAAGCAAAAGGGGGUGAGAUGUAAGGGGGAAAGAGAAAGAAGGGUUACAUGUAAAGAAUUUUUGUGUAUUACACCAUUCUGGUACAUUGAAGCUCUAGAGAGGCAUAAAGGCCACAAGGUGCAUCUAUUCUUCAA